AGUAGACACGAACAGAAACUGAGCAGCAGUUGUCUCUCAUUUCAACAAUGGUCUCACUCACCCUCUUUGUGUGAUUGAGUGAGGGAGUUUUUUUUGUGUGUGUGUUUGGAGUGCUCAACUUCUCACUCUCACUCUUUAUCAUCUCAACUUCUCAAGCAUGCUUUCUCUCACUAGCAUUGUCUCACCUCAUCAAUAAUCAUAUCCCCUUUUUCUCUCUCUAGAGCUCACUUUUGCUUUACCGCUCUCUGCCUUGUUCUGAUUGUUUCUUUUAUUAGGGGUUUUAGGGUGCCCUUUACCUUUUUUUUGUUUUGUUUGUUUGGGGUGGUCACAAUUGACUGUGCAUUUUUACAUGGUGGGUUUGGGGUAUCUGCCCUAAAGAUUAAGACUUUGAGUCCAAGAGAUUGAGGAACAUGAUUGCAUCUGCUGGUGGUGGUGGUGGUGGCUUGUUGGGUUUUCCUUUUGCUUCACUUAUCUGAGAUCUGGUGGGAACUUCAGAUCUGUCAAUGGGACUAGAGAUGGAGUUCGAGAAAAAUUGCAGAGUGGGUCUGAGUCCCAACACUGUUCUUCCAACUCAUCGGCAUUCCUGUGUUGAAAAGAGAAGCACAAAAGGUAGACCGCCACGCAAAGAUGAUCUAUUGAGCAUCAAGGAGGGGUUUGUGGAAAUCAGCUUUCAGCGCUAUCGCAGCACUUCUUGUAAGGUACCAUCUAGACCUGUUCGACAGGAAGUUAACAUAGAACUUAAGCGAGGUUCUAUAUAUCAAAGCUCCAAGGAGGUUAGGGAAAUUAAGAAAAUGGGCACUGCUGAGGGAAGGAAAAAGAUUGAAAAGUCACGAUGUAGUGACUCCUCUUUCUCUUACAGAAUUGUCGAUUCGUUGCGUAGUUCAGGUGAUGAAAGCCCACAGAAUAGGUCUUCCGUACUGUCUUUGAAACCCGAACUGAAUGUACCAUCUGCUGGAAGGCCUCAUGUAGAGCCGUGUUCAUUGGAUAGCAUUCUUGAAAUUUGUGUGGAUCCAGAUGACAGGGAAGAGCACUCAGCUGAAGCUUUAGGAGAAGAUCCAAUGCGUUUGAAUCUAAGAAGUGAUCCGGUUGCUGGACCUCUAAACAACGGAAAUGAACUUCUUGAAAGAGAUGAAGUUCACAAAUUGCACAAGUCAUUCUCUGCUAAGGUGGAAAUGCUUCAUACUCCUUCUCCAUCAGAGAGUGAUCGCUCGUCCAGUGUGAGUUCAAAGGCCCGGUUCAACAAUUUAAGAAAAAUGUUUGAUCCAUUCAUGAAGUCCAAGUCAUUGCGAUGUCCAAGUUAUGUUGUGGAACCUGGGGGAGCCAAAACAACUGGAAUGGUGGACAUGACACAAAGCAGGACAUAUCAAAAAUCUUUGUUGCCUGUCUUUUCAAAUACGGUACAGAAUGCAGGUUGUGAUUCUCUGUGUAUCAACCAAGAUAACCACCAGUCUAGUGUAGCAUCUUCACCGGUUCACCUACAUGGCCAUCUUAAAUUACAAAAUAAACAUGGAAUGCCAUUUUUUGAGUUCUCGUUGAAGGGAUCAGAAGAUGUCUUUGUGGCCAGGACAUGGAAAGCGGAUAAUGGUUUUAACUGGGUGUAUACCUUUCAUGCCGUUGGUGGUAGAAAGAAGAGCAAUGCCAGCGGUGUGGGAUUGCAUGGUAGCGAUAGAGAUUCUUCAAUGGUGGGACAGAUGCAAGUUUCUUGUUAUCUAUGUUCAGAACUAAGAGAUGGAGCUUUUGACAAUUCCAUGGUGACAGAGUUUGUCUUGUAUGAUAUCUCUCAUGCAAGGCAAAUUGCAGCAGAAAAAGUAAACUCUAAGUGUACCCUUGAUGAUGCUAAACAUCCCAAAGGUUCCAAUCAGAGCAUGGAGGGUGCAACUUUAAAGUUGGGUGAUGGGUCUUGUCCAACGAAGGUCAAAUCUCAACACAAGAGCAGUGAUUCCGAUUCUCCAGCCUGGCCAUUUGCAGCUCUGCAUCCAGGUCUUGAAAUUGCAGCCAUUGUUAUGCAAGUUCCAUUUGAAAAGAGAGAGAGCUUGAAAUACAAGAGAGGGGAUAAGGUAUGUGAUAAAGUACCUGCAAACCUACUUAAGCUGUCCAUGGUUGAACAGAAGAAGAAGGAUGACCCUGAUAAUCGAAACUCAGGAAACUUGAAGGUGAUAAUUCCAUCUGGAAAUCAUGGUUUUCCGGUUGCUGAAAGCAAGGGUCCUUCGUCAUUACUAGAUCGAUGGAGGUUGGGUGGUGGUUGUGACUGUGGUGGCUGGGACAUGUCCUGUCCUCUUACUGUGUUAAGCAAUCCCAACAUUCAGUUAGCUGAUCAUCAAUUAUUUGAAGAGAAUCAGCAGCCUUUGGAACUUUUUGUUCAGGGAUCAAAGGAGAAAAAACCAGCAUUGACCAUGACAAUGGUUGAAGAUGGACAGUAUGCAGUUGAUUUUCAUGCACAGUUGUCGACAUUACAAGCAUUCUCUACGUGUGUUUCUAUUCUGCAUGGUACAGAAACAUCGACAGCAGCCACUGGGCGGGAGGAAAGCAAACAGUUGUCGCAGUGCAAUUCAUUGAAAGUGCUUAAAGAGGAAGUGAAGUUCUUAAUUGAAGCAGUCACAGAAGGGGAGAAGAAGAAAGUAGCUAAGAGGGUGAAAAAGAUCCAACCAUCUUAUGUGCUCGAUCCACCCUUCUCUCCUAUUGCACGUGUAUAGAUUUCGAGCAGCACAGUUAGUUUUUGUCCAGAGAACCACAAUGGGAUCAGAGAUGACCCCAACCUUUAGCAGUAAAUGGAAGGGUAUCAGAAACAGAUGGCUGAGACAAUGCCAGCCCCAACCGGUACUGGGGGUCAUAUGGUAUCAAAACUAUUUGUCCCAUGGAACAACAGCCAACUCAGCAAACUGAAAAAGGGCUGCAUCGAAUUGCAACAGACUUUUUGAAGCUGCUUAUUCUUGCCAUUGCCUGAGGUUUAUUGCUAUAGAGGUUUACAUCAAAUUUGAUGUAUUUUUCGAUUGGUUCGUCAUCAAUCAACUUUUCAACAGAAUAGAAUACUGUCCAUAUUGAAACUUGUAGCCUUGUAGGGAAGGAAAAGGAAGUAGUUAUGUUAUAUGGGAAUUGGGAAAUACAGGACUUUCUCUUGUGCAUUUUUUCUUUUGUAUUUUGUUAGAUAGGGAAAGGGGGUAGUAGAUCCCUGAAUUGGUUUCUAAAAUAUGGAGAAGCAAGAAGACAAGCACUUUGUCUCCAAAAUGUAUGAAUAAAAUUGUUUUGGGCAC